AUGGACUCAGACACUCGGCAGGAAGGUGGCAUUUGGGAUGUCGUGAUAGUAGGUGGCGGCUGGCAGGGGAUUGCUGCUGCAAAGACCUACCUGGAUUUGCAGCCGAUGAUCAAACUUCUGAUCGUGGAUUCAAAUCGAACGAUUGGCGGCGUCUGGGCGUUGGAAAACCUCCAUCCGAAACUCAACACCCAAAACACUCUAGGCACAUUCGAGUACAGCUGGUAUCCCAUGUCAAGCCAGGAGUUUGGAGUCGAAGAGGGCGCCCACAUUCCCGGGAAAGUGGUACAUCAGUACCUAUCAGCAGUGGCACAACGGUUCCAGAUCUUGCAGCGGAUCCGAUUCAGUAUCCUUGUUCUCUCCGCCGAGAAAUCACCAGAGGGGGGAUGGCUGCUGACGGUCAAAGAUUCGGCGACAAGUGAAGCUGAAUCUUUCUUGAGAUGUGAGAAACUCAUUGUUGCAACUGGCAUCACCUCGAGGCCAAGGCAAUCCAACCUUGCUGGACGGGACCGCUUCAAAGGACCUUUCCUCCUCUAUGCCGACCUGCUUCGCGGAACCGGCCGGGAGGUGCUGGACAAUGCCGCCGUGUCCUCAGUCACCGUGAUCGGAGGAUCGAAAGGCUCUUACGACGCCGUCAGCUGGGCGAUCGAUGCCGGCAAGAGUGUCAACUGGAUCAUCCAGCGAUCUGGCCAUGGCCCGGCGUGGAUGACCCCGGCGGCCCUGAGUGUGGUAGGAUUCCGGCCACAAUUCGAGACGUUCCCGACCAGAAGAGCCUUCAGUGUCCUUUCCCCGUGCGUGUGGGCCGAAGACGGAGUCUUUGCUGGACUCAGGUGGCUUCUCCACCAGACAAGUGUGGGAAGACUCCUGGUUGACAUGCUGUGGUUCAUUCUUUCCCAUGUCGUUCUGAAGUCGCUUCAGAUUCUGCCCGACGACCUGCUUUCCAAUCUCCAGCCGAGCUGCGGCAUCCAGUGGCAGGCGUCCUCUACCGGCACGUUGAACUACCCAGGAGGAGACUUUUACCGCCGCGUGAAAAGAGCCAAUGUUUCCAUUCAUCGGCAGGACAUCACGAGCAGCACGGAGCACGGCCUUCAACUUGGCGAUGGGACUGAGGUACGCACCGAUGCAAUCAUUCACGUCACGGGUUGGCGCUGGACAUGUCCCUUUGACCUGGUCGGCAUCAACACGCUGGAGCACGGCAUUCCAACCGUGGCUGGCGACUCACACGACACGACACAAUGGCAUCUGAGAUCCCAGGAGAUGCGGCAACACAUGACGAGCAGGUUCCCCUAUCUGAUGAAGGCGCCGCAGCCACCCUCAAGCUCUCAAGCCAGCUCCCGCCCUUCUCUCGGCCGUGGGCCAGAAUCAACCCCCUGGUGCCUCUAUCGCUGCAUUGCGCCGCCGUGCCAGGUGCGAACCGAGGGCUCAGGCUCAGGUUCGGGUCAUAGGGACUUGGUCUUCGUGGGCUUCUUCAAUACAUUUCCAAAGGUGCUUUUGUCGGAAAUCCAGGCCCUGUGGGCUGUUGCAUACCUACAGGGUAGAAUUGGCUGGGCCGUAGGAGACGAACCGAGCCAGGUCCAGAUUGCGCACGAGGCUCAGAUGUGGUCCUGUUGGGCUGCUCUACGCUACCCCUUCGGCCACGCAUCGAAAUACCCGGAUACGGCCUUUGACAUCAUUCCAUAUUUUGAUGUCCUGCUGAAAGAUCUGGGCUUGGAAACGAAGAGGAAACAAGGCUGGCUGAAGGAGCUAUGCAGCCCGUAUGGAGUGAGCGACUACCGGGGCAUCAUUGAAGAAUUCCAAAUGCUACAAGUAAGAGGAGGUUGA